GCCCAAGUCAAGUAGUCUGAAUAUUUCUCUCCAUCCCUAGAAGGAGAGGGCACAAAUACGCCCAGCACAGGCCCCUCAAACUCAAUGUUUGCCGGGGGUGUUCGAGAGCAAAGGAAUGCUUCCCGUGUCAAGGGCAGCGCGCGGCUCCUCCGUUCGCCCCAACUCAGACAUUUGCGACGCCACGAACUUUCUCAGAAGAACUUCUCUGACCAAGAAGAGCAAAAGUAGAGCAAGGGGGGUGAGUGUACAUGUAUUGUGCCCCGCAGGAGAAUAUGUCUCAUCUGAUCGAGAAAAGCGUCUGCUAUGCAUGUCUUGUUUUGUUUAUCUUCACCUGUGCAGUCUGUUUAUGUAGCUUUAUUGAGUAGUAUUUGUCUUUUCCUUUCCUUCACAGACUAUUUGUAUAUCAUGCCUGCCUCCUUGCUCCCCGACCCUCCCUCUCACGGAAAGUCUCAGUACGCAAGACUUGUGCUC